UAAUUUUGUUCUGAUCCAAGCAGACCCUCAACCAAAAUCCCAAAUGACAUGGCAAUUUCUGAUCUGUGUGCCGUAGCCGCCAUUGACGACAAAGAACCAGAGCUAAGCUACAGCUUGGACCCUGAAACGGUGUCGUUUUCUCUACCGUAAAAUUCGCAGCUUUGGCAUAUUCCGUGUAAAAAAGAUGAGGUCUUCUUUGGAGACGAUCAACAUCGCUGCAAGUACUCAGAAGCUUGAAGUUGAUAAUCGAAUUUCUCUUCGUUUCUACUAUCGGAUUGCAGAUAAUAUCCUCAAACAGGCAGAUAUCUUUCGUGCUGAGAAUAAUAUUGUCGAUUUAUAUAUCAUGCUGCUAAGAUUUUCUAGCCUGGUCUCUGAGACAAUUCCAUGUCACCGAGACUAUAGAACAUCUCCACAAAGCAAGAAAGUAUCAUUAAGAAAGAGAUUGUUAAAUUCUAUGAAUGAACUGGAGAAGUUGAAACCACUGGUACGACAGAAGAUCAUUGAGUUUAACAGCAGGCAAGCAUAUCAACACAAUGGGUGGGAAAAAAAUCAUUCAAAUAGUUUGAUGCAUUUCUCUCCAAUGAAAAAGGAAACCUUGCCUAGUUAUGGUCUAAUAAAGGAAGUCAGACCAAGAGCUGGAGAGUUUGUCUCCGAGGGAUCAAGGGGUCAGCCUUUUUCUUAUGCAAAACCUAUUGACGAGAAAAUGAGACGAUUAUCUCUAACUCUCCCACGCCCAACAGAUGAAACUCUCUCUAGACAUUCGAUUCUUGGUCCCAGUGGGCUUAACGGGCAGUGGCUACCACCUAUAAGUGAUAAACGGGUCAGGUAUCCAUCCAACAUUGAUCUCUCACCAAUUGAAAUUCCAAGCCUACAACAAGAUUUGGAAGAUGGAUCUCAGAAGAAAAAAGAUAAUAGCGCUGUAGAACACAAUAAUUUGGAUAUGAAUUCCAGUCUUACUCAAACUGAGGACUGCCAGGCUCAGCAUGCUGAUGAACCUCCUUCUCUUAUCUCUUUUGAAGAAGUAACAGAAAUCACUCCUCAAAUAGAAGUUAUAAGACAGCCUUCUCCGCCGCCUGUACUUGCUGAAGUACAAGAUUUGGUUCCUCCAGUUUCACAUCAGGUGAAUGAUGUGGAAUGUAAGAUAGAGACCACAUCAUCAGAUAAUUUCCUUUGUGGCGAGUCUCCUCUGCAACUACACAUUUCAACUGCUAUGAUGGACACUUUUAUGAAGUUUGCAAAAUCAAAUACUAAAAAGAAUUUGGAGACUUGUGGAAUUCUUGCGGGUUUGCUUAAAAAUAGAAAAUUUUAUAUUACGGCUCUAAUAAUCCCAAAGCAAGAGGCUACGUCAAGUUCUGUAAGAACUCGUUCACAAAACUUUUGGGAAAUUAUUAUUAUUAUUGUUAUUAUUAUUAUUAUUAUUAUUAUUAUUAUUGAGCAGUGUCAAGCCACAAAUGAAGAAGAAAUAUUUGAAGCACAGGAUAAGAGAUCACUUUUCCCACUUGGAUGGAUCCAUACACAUCCUACACAAUCUUGUUUCAUGUCAUCCAUUGAUGUACACACCCAUUAUUCAUAUCAGAUUAUGCUGCCAGAAGCUGUUGCAAUAGUCAUGGCACCAACUGACAGUUCAAGAAAACAUGGCAUAUUUAGGUUGACAAGCCCGGGUGGCAUGUCGGUGAUCAGACAGUGCCCGCAGCGUGGUUUUCAUCCGCACAAUCCGCCGCCGGAUGGUGGUCCCAUCUACGAUACAUGUACAGAUGUUUACAUGAAUCCUGAUUUGAAAUUUGAUGUCAUUGAUCUACGAUGAUUAUUGAAAAAAACCGGUUUGUUAAAAAAAAAAAGUGUCCUGCCAUGCCAAUUGUUCAUAUUACCAUACUUAAAUAGGUUUUAUAAUUAGACUUAAACCAUUAGAGCAGCCUUGCUGCUUUAUAUUCUUUGCUUAUUUUGUAACUAUUGACCAGCUUGCCUGUUUGGCCAUUUAUUCUGUAUUCCAUUCGUGGCGAUUUCAUCAAAUCUAGUUAAUACACUGACUCUGAUUGUUAUCUUA